AAGGCCGUUUUGAUUUGUUAGUCACCACGCAUGCGCACAGAUCACCGUAGCGCACGAUGGCGGCUACCAUGUUACUGCGGCGGGUCGCGAGUAGCCUGCCUGGGCUGGCUCUGCUCCCGAGGCUCUUCUGGGCUCAGAGUGGCAUUGGGCUCUGCUGAAAUGCAGCCUCCUUUGGGUGAAGCACAGUAGUUAACCACUGCAGAGUGGAGGGAAGAAUUCAGCCAAGAGCACUGGGACAAAUCGUUGUGCCUGCAAAGCCCAGUCGGUGCAAUUUUCAGUGAUGGGUGAGUGAUUCUCCCCUCCGCUAUGCAGUGUUGCUGUGUGGCUAUUCCCCAACUGCCCCACCCCAGAGGUGGCCACAUUUCUGUGAUGGGCUGCUCCUGCUGCUUCGCUCCUACGGCUCCAGCACCCCCUGCUCCGGGUGUUUAGCACAGAGAUGGACCCAACCACGUCAGCAGAGCCAGUCACCUUUGACACUGAAUCACGCUUUAAGGAGAAACCCUGGGAGUAUCUAGAGACAGAAGGUAUCCAGCCAGGAGCUGCGGAGGGGUUGGUGCUGGGCUUUGGACCUGCUGCUUCACAGGCUGGCAGCACCAAGGAGUACAUCGAGAGAUACGGCGACAAGCCCAUCUGGUUCGGCUAUCGGCGUAACCACAAGGGACCCAUCCCCCCACAGAAGACCCGCAAGACCUGCAUAAGAGGAAAGAAGAUUGUGGGGAACCCCUGCCCCAUCUGCCGAGACCAAAAACUCCACGUGGACUACAGGAAUGUGAAGCUCCUAGAGCAGUUCAUCUGCUCCCACACCGGCAUCACCUUCCAUCCCACACGCACAGGCGUCUGCAUGAAGCAGCAUAAACGCUUGACCCAGGCAAUCGACCAAGCUCGUGACCAUGGGCUCCUGAGCUUCCGCAUCCCCUUGGUGACGCUGCAGGGUGAGGACUACACUAACCAGCACCAGGCAGUGGCCAAGACGCCCCCCGCCCUCUCCCUGCAGAGCCAGACACCCUGGUACCCCUGGUAUGAGUGGCAGCAGCCGCCCGAAAAGGACAUUGCCAGGAUCCGCAGGAUCUACAAGGACUAUCUGAAGGAGGAGACCGGCCUGGCAUGAGGGCCCAGGGAAGGACUGGAGGGAGUGUCCUGGGGCGUGAGGAAUGGGCCACUUCUGGGGAAGCUAGGGCCUUCGGCCUCACCUGACAAGCUGGCCCUAGUCCCAACCCCUCCAGGGAUAGCGCUGGAGCUGCCCAGCUCCCGGCCAUGACUUGUCCAAGCCUUCAGUGGAGAAUAAACUGGAAGCUGUCGGCAGUGA